AUGACGAGCGAGGUCUGGGCGAAGCGGAUGGCCAGGAAGAGUGUGCGAGCAGUGGGAAUCGUCACACUCAUCUACAUUCUGGCCAAACUGGUCGUCACUCAAAUCAUUUUCAUCACAGAGAGCGCCGCGCUCAAUUACUCGGAGGAGCCGAGUUCGCGAACGUGUCCGCGCGUGAAACUCUUCCUUGAUUUCAACCAGCCGCCGAAGUUCGCGCUGCGGGAAAAGAACUUCCUCCUGCCGAGCCUCGGCUUUGGAUUCCUCGGUCAGCUGCGUGGACUGCGCGAGAGCAUCUUGCUCUCGAUUAAACUCAACAGGACACUCGUCCUCCCUUCCGCCAUUUCCGACAAGUGGAGCGAUUUCGCCUCCGAACAGGACUUUUCUCGCGGAGAAGAGACCAUCGUCAGUUUACCAGGACUCGUCAAUUUGAAGCAAGUGAGCGCGCUGAUAUCGGUCCUGCCAUCUUUGGAAAGGGAGAACGAAUGCAAGAAAAUCGACGCGGUCUUCUCGCAAAAGAUGAAUUUCUGCAAGGAAUGGUUCAAAAAUGCUAUUUAUUUCGGCGAAGGAGAAAACUCUGAACCAAAAAAGGGAAACCGUUUGGAGCGACUUCGCAACCUAGAAAACCUCCUUCAACUGCCACCAAGUCAAUUUUGCCUAAACGAGGAAAAUCCAGUCUCAACUGAAAUCGAGUUUUACCCGAAAGAAGAAUCGUCGGAGCAACUUGCAGACUUGCAGCACUUUUUGGCUGACAGUACUACUAAUAACACUCUUUCUCAAAAGAGCUUCUUUCCUUCCCCGGAAGCCACUUGCGCUGCGUUAUUUUUUCCCAACUUGAGUUUUGACUUGGGCGAGGCUUUGGAGCAUCCCAGCCUGGGAAGUUUGAUCGCAGAGCUCGUUUUCCACACGCAGGUGCCCCACCACAUCGUCGAAAUCGCCGCUGCUUUUGCCGAAGGAGCCUUUUUCGCCGUCGAGUGGAAAUUCGGCGAAGAAGAGUGGUCUCAAAACUGCAAGGACUUGCACACUGCCGAGCAGAAGAGGGUGGAAUGGUGCAAGAGUCUGCGCUUGUUCCGAAAAGACGACAAUUAUCACCCGAUCGCCGAAGAGCUCUUGAAACUGGCGAGAGCGAGAGGGAGCACGGCGAAUACAGUCUACAUCUAUCAGGAAGACAAAAGUGCUUCUACAAGCGACAUAGAGAACUUUCUCCGGUCGAAGGGUUUGCGAGUUCUGACCGUCGCCGCUCUUAGAAGCUUUCUGGCUUCAACUUUUCCUGACUGCGAGAUGCUCGUGAACUCCGUGAGAAUUUCCCAAAUCGAGCUACAACUAGCGAUCGAAGCAGAUCUUCUCUUCGCCGCUUCCUCCUCUCUCUGGAGUCGAACAGGUGAAUUGGAGCGGCGGGUGCGCAACCGCCCUUCCAUCGCCAAUCGCGAGAUCAUCGAGCAACUAGAAUUCAAUUAG